UAUAUGACACAAUUGUCUCACUUGCACUGUACAAAAAGAAAAUAAAGUUUGGCUUAGCAUGAAUAAAUUCUAUUGAAGAAAAGUUGCACCUUAGUAACCAAUGCUACAAAGUCAGGAGAUUUAUUUUGAUUCCUGGAGAGUAAGAGAGAAAAACGAUAAACUAUACAAAUAUGAACUUAUAAGAGUAUGAAUGACAUCAUUCAUUGAUAAAAUAUUUGAAGUUUACGAUAGUGCAGAUUCCUGUGAAAGGGGUAGUGCAAAUAACAAUUAUUUAUAACACCAAUAACCCUUAUCUGUUUGUACAACCCAGAUAAUACAGAUACAAUUAAGCAAGUUUCACUUAUGACACUUCAUUAAUCUGAACUAGUGCGGACCAACAAAGUGAGAACUGAUGAAAUGUGAAUUAACAGGAAAGCAGAAAACCAAAUACUUUAAACUAAACAUAAAUGACAAAAUAAAACACCAUUCUGAAUUAAAAGAUUCUGGACAUUAUGGCCACAAUAUUGUCCAACCAAUCCGUGAUCCAUUUUGAGAAAAGACAUGGAAUACAACAAGAGAGUAAAACAGCAAAGCCAACAGGAGGAUUAAUUGACCAAAGACUGUUGAAUAAACACCAGAAAGACGCUCCGACAAUUAAACAAUCCAGAAAUACUAAGUCUAACUUUUCAGAUCUUAGAAAACGAACUGAUAAUUUGAGCAAACAGAUGAAAACAUUUAAUAGCGCACUUGAUGAGCUACAGGAUAAUUUAGAAGACACUUCUGAACACAUUGAGCACUGGCAGGGCAUAUUCACCUACAGUGCUGGUAGGGAGUAUGUUACAGAGACAAGCGAGUACUAUGCUGAUCUUGCCAGAGAGGAAAGACGCAGACGUAACAGAAUGGAAGUUAUUCGUAAGUCGACCGCAGCAUCCAGUAGGAGUCGAGGUAGAAGUUCAAGAUCAACAACGUUUACAUGCAGCACUGAUAGUGACUCUGAAGAUGAAACUUUAAAGGCUCGUAAAAUUACCAAGAAAGUAAAAUCAAAACCAGGUCAAUCGGUGGCCGAUUCUAGAACUGGGUUAAAAUUACCCAGAGUGCAUUCUAAAGUUUCAUUCCAACAUUAUCCAAAACCAAGGCCACAUUCAUCUGGACCAGUACAUCUCGACAAAAUUAGGACAAUAAACAAUAGAUUAACUCGUCCAACAGCAACUUCAGCCAAUGCCCGAAUAAUCACAACAGAUGGCACUGAUAUACAUGGUUACAAUAAAGUGACGUGUCCAGCACUUGGAUAUGCAAUGUCCGGUACAAUGGUUGGCUCUAUAGACAAAUUAGCCCCAGGCAGAUUCAGAGGUAUGCAGAAAUUAUCAGUUAAAGGGGUUGAUUCAGUUGUUCAAAGACUAUCGAAUGUAGAUCCUGGUCAAGUACCUGACUCUAACAGGACUAUAUGUCCCAGGGUGAAGGCUAUAGCAGGACCAUUGAACAGCUAUGCUUGGGCUGGCACCGACAGGGACAGAACGAGUGUCAGAUUCACUAAGAAUAUAAGGACUAACAUAUAUCGCUGA